AUGAGCACAGAGGAAGUUAUUUUUAUAGUAAGACAAGUCCAAGAGAAGUAUCUAGAAGGAAACAGGAAAGUUUACACGUGUUUUGUGGAUCUUGAAAAGGCGUAUGACAGGGUACCAAGAAGUGUAGUCUAUUGGUGUUUGAGAAAGAGAGGAGUCCCAGAGAAGUUGACAGAAGAAGAACUGCAAGAAAGGUUUUUAGCAUGGAAAGGAACCCUAGAAAGGAGAGGAUUGAAAGUGAACACUGGAAAGACAGAGCUAAUGAUCAGUAGUAGAGAAGGACAUGAAGAAGUAAACAUUGGGGUGGAAGAUGGUACAGUGCUAAAGCAGAACAUUGAGUUUAACUACUUGGGAUCAAUAAUAAUAGAGGAGGGCGGUACUGUGAAAACAGUGAGACAGAGACAGAAAGAAGCAUGGCAAAAUUGGAGAGAAGUAAUUGGAGUUGUUUUAGACAAUAAAAUGCCAUUAAGGCUCAAAAUGAAGAUUUAUAAGACAGUUAUCAGGUCCACACUGUUAUAUGGGACAGAAACUUGGGCACUCAAGAGGAAUGAGGAGGGACUCUUGGAAAGAUCUGAGAUGAUUAGGGAAACAGAAAACUUUGAAGAAGUUUGUGUUGGAUUACACCAGGGGUCAGCAUUAACCCCAUAUUUGUUGGUGUUGGUCUUGGAUGUGUUAAGUGAAGAGACCAAGAAUGUAGAGCUGAGGGAGUUGUUGUACGCCGAUGGUCUGGUGAAUACAGCCGAAAAUGAGGAAGACCUACAGAGAAGGGUUGGAGAGUGGCAGGAGUCUUUAGAGAGGGGUGGCAUGGCUGAGCAAGAGGUUAGCGAAGAGGUGGUCAAGACUUCCUCUUCAUUUCCAAUAAUUUUCACCUUCCGAUCACCUUUGUCUUCGCCACGAAGACCUGCUUCGCGGCACAAUAAUACCAUUUUAGCAGCGAAGAGCUUCUUCGUCGAAGAUGCCAGUUUAAAAAUACGGCCCUUAGGAUCUACUUUAAGCCAUGAGGGAGGAAAUGAGGCUGAAGUUGACAGUAGAAUAAAAGCUGUUUGGGGGAAGUGGAGAGAGGUAGCUGGAGUAGUUUGUGAUAAGAAAAUGUCAAUCAAGUUAAAAGUCAAGAUCUACAGCACAGUAAUAAGACCAGUGUUACUGUAUGGAUCGGAAACAUGGGCUCUAAGAAGAAAAGAGAAAGCAAAGCUUGAGGAAACAGCGAUGAGAAUCCUGAGGUGGAUUAUGAGAAUAUCACUGCUUGAGAGAUUGGAAAAUGAUGAAAUAAGAAGGGCAGGCUUAGUAAAGAUUACAGAGAUGAUAAGAAAGGCACGAUUGAGAUGGUAUGGGCAUGUGUUGAGGAUGGAUGACGAGGAGGGAGUGAAGAGGGCUUGGGAGGAACCUGUUAGAGGGAGAAUAUCAAGAGGGAGACAGAGAAUUAGAUGGCGAGAUAAAGUGAAGGAAGAUAUGGACAGAAGAGGGAGGUUGGAAAGCAUUCGUUCAUUGCUAGAUAUAGCGGUUGGAAAGCAUUUUGUCAUUGCCAGAAUAGCGGUUGGAAAGCAUUCUGUAACUUUGCCCAGUAAUAGCGGUUUGGAAAGCAUGCUAGAUAUUUCUGUCAGCAGUAAUAGAGUUGGAAAGCAUUCUUCACUUGCCAGUAAUAGCAUUGGCAAAGCAAUUUCUGUCUCUUGCCAGUAA